AGAUAAGACUCAAGUAGGAUGAUUUAAGAUGCGUAUCCAAACAUGACCAAUGUGGCAUAAACCCUAGAAAUUAGAAAAGCUUAAACCUCUCAGUGACAACAACUUAGGAUCCGGAUCCCACAAGGUAAGAGGAAAAGAAGAAGAAGAAGAUAGCUUUAAAUGUCUGGUUCGAAUAUUAUCUCGAGAUUAUCAUCGGCUCGGUUAAAGUCACUUCCUUUAAAGCUUAAAAGCAACAAUUCAGUGUUACCCACUGUUUCUCCAUUGAAAUCUAGCUCUCACUCUCAAGUUUCUUCUCCAGUGAAUCGCAUUUCUGGGAUUUCAAGAUUACCAGUGGAGUUGAGCUGCUUAAUGUCAAUGAUGCCAUUGCACAGCGCAGUUGCUUCAGCUCGCCUCAGAUCAUUUCUUGCCGCGGAAUCUCAGAGUUGGGGUUUGAUUCCUCAAGGUAUCUCUAUGCCUUUAUAACAGCACCCCUAGUCUGUGACUGUUAUUUUUCUUUCCAAAAUGGAGUGUUGUUUCAUUCCGUAAUUGAAAUCUGUAAGGGUUAUUUCUUAAUAAUUUUCUCAUUGUUUGUUAUGAUACAUGUUGAAUUCUGGAAGUAUUGAUCAAUGAGAAACCGGUAAGACAUGAAU